CCUGCACAACGCGUAGACUUGAUUGUUUUAAACAUUUUAGGUAACCAAAAUCCAUCCUUGGAUCGUUCGUUUGUUUCCAAUUCUAUAGCCUAUGGCUUCAAUAGCCAAGCAGCCACACUUUGUGUUAAUCCCGCUCAUGGCACAAGGUCAUAUGAUUCCGAUGGUUGACAUGGCCAGGCUUCUUGCAGAGCGCGGAGUGAUUGUAAGCUUGAUCACUACCCCCCACAAUGCGUUAAGAUUUGACAAAGUCAUCCAACGAGCUUCGGAAUCAGGGCUCCAGAUUCGGUUGGUGAAAAUUCCAUUUCCAUGCCAAGAAGCCGGACUUCCUACCGGUUGUGAGAAUCUUGACACUUUAUCUUCCAGGGACCUACUGAAAGAGUUCUUCAAUGCACUUGGUAUGUUGCAAGAACCUUUAGAACAAUUUCUGGAACAGCAAAAGCCGCUUCCCAGCUGCAUCAUAUCAGAUAAGUGCCUUUCCUGGACGUCAAAAACUGCUCAAAGGUUUAAUAUCCCGAGGAUUGUUUUUCAUGGGAUGGGCUGCUUCUCAUUGCUGAGCUCUCACAAUGUGAAGCUACAUAAGGCUCAUCUUUCCGUUGCUUCGGAUUCGGAACCCUUUGUGGUGCCAGGACUGCCACAAAAGGUUGAGAUAACAAGGGCUCAACUUCCAGGAGCAUUUGUUAGUUUGCCUGACUUAGACGAUGUUCGCAACAAGAUGCAAGAGGCUGAAAUGACUGCUUACGGAGUUGUAAUAAACAGCUUCAAUGAACUAGAGCACGGAUGUGUCGAGGAGUACCAGAAAGCCAUAAAGAAAAAGGUUUGGGCCAUUGGACCUGUUUCUUUAUGCAACAGAAUAAACUUGGACAAGUUUGAAAGAGGGAACAAGGCAUCAAUCAAUGAGGAAAAAUGCUUGAAAUGGCUCGAUUCACUGAAACCAAGGUCAGUUAUUUACGCUUGCCUUGGUAGCCUAUGCCGUCUUGUUCCAGCACAAUUGAUAGAACUGGGGUUGGGUUUAGAAGCAUCAAAGCAACCGUUUAUAUGGGCAGUCAAAACAUGUGAUCAAAGAGCUAAUGACGAGUUAGAAAAGUGGUUGUCAGAGCAUAAUUUCGAGGAGAGAAUCAAAGGGAGGGGACUUUUGAUCAAGGGGUGGGCUCCCCAGCUUCUUAUUUUAUCCCAUCCUGCAAUAAGAGGGUUCUUAACUCACUGUGGCUGGAAUUCAACUAUAGAAGCCGUAUGCUCUGGGGUGCCAAUGAUAACAUGGCCUCAAUUCUCCGAACAGUUCUUUAAUGAGAAGCUGAUUGUUGAAAUUCUAAAGAUAGGACUUCGGGUUGGCGUUGAGGUUCCUGUUAGAUGGGGUGAAGAAGAGAAACUCGGAGUGUUGGUCAAGAAAGAACAAGUUGAGAAAGCAAUAGAUAUGUUGAUGAACGGGGGAGAAGAAGGCCAAAAGAGAAGAAUGAGAGCACGAGAGCUUGAAGAAAUGGCAAGAACGGCGGUGGGAAACGGAGGAUCAUCCUACUUGAAUAUGACAGCCUUAGUCCAGGAUAUUUUGGAGCAAAUCAAUUAAUAAUUGCCAAACUGGUGUAACGGUUUGUAAAGGGAGUUGCAUGUUAUCUUUCCUUUUCUUUUCUUUAUCUUUCUUUUUUUCCCCAAAGAGCAUUUGAAUAUAUUAUGAGUAACCUCCGAGAAAUUUCCACUAUGAUA